AAGACGUCUGUGCAGUUCAAGGAUGGUUCGCCCAAACAACUGACACUAGCUGGAGGACCAAUGAGGACUGAGGAGCAUCCAAUAGUCACUCCUUAGUUUUGAACUUUUCAGCAAUACACAUCCGCGAUUGAUACAGUACAGGAUUUUCAAGUCAAGGAUCGGUCAGAACAACGUUAAAGUAAUUAGUUUUAGUUUUAUAACGGAUAUCAGUAUUUACUUACGCCUGUUACUCCUCGUGAAGGAGCAUGGGCCACCCACCAGCACUCGCCAUCCAACCCUGUCCAGGGCAAUCCUUUCUAGCUCCUUCCAGUUGUUAUUCAUCCUAUCCAUUUCUGCUUCUAUUUCCCGACGUAAUGUGUUCUUCGGCCUUCCGCUUUUCCCCUAAGCUUCAGGAUUCGAGGUCAGGGUUUGCCUCGUGAUGCAGUUUGAUGAUUUCCUCAAUGUAUGUUAUAUCCACUUCCAAAGUCUUUUCCUAAUUUCCUCUUCGGCUGGAAGCUGAUUUUUCUUCUCCCACAGUAGGCUGUUACUGAUGGCAUCCGGCUAACAAACAUUCAGCAUCUUGCAUAGACAACUAUUUAUAAAUACAUGUAUCAUCUUGAUGAUGGUUGUAAUAGUUUUCGAAGUUUCAGCUCCGUACUGUAGAACUGUCUUGACAAUCGUUUUGAAGAUUCUGACCUUGAUAUUGGUUGAAAGUUGUUUCGAGUUCCACAUAUUCUUCAAUUGUAGAAAUGAGGCUCUUGCUUUGCCAAUCCUCGCCUUGACGUUUGCAUCAGAUCCUCCUUGUUCAUCGAUGAUGCUUUCUAGGUACGUGAAAGAUUCCACAUUUUCUAGAGCUUCUCCAUCAAGUGUGAUAGAAUUGGUGUUCGCCGUGUUGUGCUUGAGGAUCUCUCCUUUUCCUUUGUGUAUUUUGAGGCCUACUGAUGAAAAGGCUGCUGCUACACUACUUGUCUUCAUCUACAUUUGUCCAUGUGUAUGGAAUAGAAGGGCUAGGUCAUCUACGAAGUCCAAAUCUUCUAAUUUAUUCCGAGCUAUCCAUCCCGUUCCGUGCUUUCCUUCAGAUGUCGAGGUCUUCAUUAUCCAGCCAACCAUCAGAAGAAAGAGAAAGGAGAAGAGUAGACAUCCUUAUCUGACUCUGGUCCUUACUUGUAAUGUAUCUGUCAUCUGUUCUUCAUGCACCACUUUGCAGUGUAUUCCGUCGUAUGAGUUCCGAAUAAUGUUGACAAUCUUCUCAGGAACUCCAUAGUAUCGAAGAAUUUUCCAUAAUGUUCUCCUAUCUAAGCGGAUAUCAGUACUUGACAAAAACUAUUUCAAAGUAUAUAUGUGUCUCCUUAACUCUGUGAAAUGAAUUCUUUAUACUGAUAUAUGCAUAAAACCCCGAUAAAUUUUCUUCAAUAACUAUUACUAUUUUUCUGGUUAACGUUUGGUUGGCGAGUUAGUUUUCUACGGGAUAAGGUCGCUAACCCCAUGUCCAAUCCUCCUCCUUUACCCUGGCUUGAGACCGGCAGUAACUCUAGAAGAGCUACAGGCGGAGUUUCAAUAACACUUACACCCAAAAAACAUAAUUAAUGAAAAAACAAGACUUUAAUGUAAUCUCUUAAUCACUUGUCUAACCUAAUCUAACCUGGUAUUCAAGAUAUAAUUACUUUAAAU